CGGCGGCGGCGGCCGGCGCGGCGGCGGCGGAUCUGGGAGGCGCGGCAUGGCUGCGCAAGAGAUGCGGCUCGUUGGCUGCGCGGCGGGAAGAAGGAGAGGUGGAGCUGCUGCGCGGCAGAGGAAGGAGGAGGCAGCUGAGGAGCUGCUUGGUCUCCUCGAGAGUGGAGCUUUUCCAAAGAUCUUGUACCUCUUGCUGCGGCUGCUGCUUGCUCCUCAGUGUGACGCGCUGUGGUGCUGCGGGAGGAGAAGAGGAGAACGGUAGUGGAGAAGGGCAGCUCCUUGUUGUACUGCUGUGUGAGCUGGAGAACUGCUGCGGGGGUUGGCUGCUGUUGGAGGCCAAGAUCCUCUGAAACUGCUGCUGUUUGCAGAGGAAGGAGGAAGAGAACUGCUGCUGUUUGAAGGAGGAAGAGAACUGCUGCUGGAGGAAGCGGCUGUGGUUGCUGCUUGCACUUGGGUGCUGCUGCUAGCCAGGGGGUGUAAAGGGACCAACUGUGCAGCUGUAGGGCUGUGCUGCUGAGGGCUGCUGUUGCUGGUUACCGGAUCGGAGAUGGCUGAACCAAAUGCGCUUGCUGCGGCUUUUGAGAAGCUCGCUAAGAUCCUCGCAGAGUCCAACUCUGGGGCCAUCGUUCCUCGACACGAAGUGGCUCAGAAGCUCGAAAUGUCACCCUUGGACAUAAAGCUGGAGAGGGCCACAAAUUACUUGAGUUGGUCCAGGAGGGCAUUGCUGGCUGUAGAACAGAAGGAACUUGAUGGGCACUUAUUGGGUACGAUUGAUCCAGGAGACAAGAAUACCACGGAGGGAAAAAGGUGAAAGGUCAUAAACUCUAUGCUCGUUGGCUGGUUGUUGAACUCAGUGGUGCCCUCAAUUGGACGCACUGUGGAGGGACUAUCCACGUCCGCUGAGAUAUGGAAGACCCUCUCCAUCCAAUACUCAGGCAAGGGUAAUUUCAUGCUAAUCGCUCAGAUUGAGGGGAAGAUCAGUCGGUUGCGCCAAGGUGACGACAUGUCAGUGAUGGCCUAUGUGGCAGAGCUGCAGGCUUUGUGGGCAGAGCAAGAUAAUUGUGAUCCUUUGGAACUAUAUGAUGCAGCUUGUAUCGAGUCAGGGCGCAAGUGGAUUGCACGCAGGCGUGUGCUGAAACUGUUGGAAGGGCUCAGAGGUUGCUUUCAUGAAAGGGGGGCAUCCUUGUUGCACCAACCUCUCCUGCCAACUAUUGAGGAGACCAAUGCAGCAAUGUCUCAAGAGGAGGUGAGGCUAUCUCUUGAGCAUGCAGACGUGAAGGUUGUGCCGGCUUUGACAUUUGCAGUCACUGAGCGCAUGGAGUGGAAAGAUCCUAACAAAUGUCAUAUCUGUAGGGAGGUAGGUCCAACUCGUGGCAGAGGCAGGGGAUACAACAGAGGAGGAACUGGCAGAGGCAGGCAGGCUAGAGGCAGAGGUGUAUACAUAGGGACCUCAGGGGGUCAACCUUCUUGGGGCAGAGGUGGCCACUCAGGAAACCCAGGGGGGCAGAGUGCACAUAUGGUAGUUGAAGGGGACACUGUGAAAUCAAAGGGCGAGGCAGUUGACGAAUCUACCUAUGGAGAAUUUGCUCAUUGGGCCUCCACUGAUGAAGGAGCGCCAGACGAGCCAGACGGUUGGGACUGGCACCAGGUGUAAGGAGCUCUGGUACAUGGACCAGGAGGUGCAGCCGGACUUGAUGUAUGCUGCGACCAUGGAGGACAAGGAGAAGCAGGCGAUGAUCCAUCACUGCAGGAUGGGGCACGUAUCUUUUGAUAAGAUGAGUAGAAUAUUUCCGGAUGUUAUGUGUGGAAUAGGCAAGGGCAAGUUGACAUGUGAUGUUUGCGAAUAUGCAAAACACACACGAGCCUCAUAUGUGAGUAAGGGGCUUAGGAGCAUAUCUCCCUUUAUGCUUAUUCAUUCGGAUGUAUGGACUAGCCCAGUAGUGUCAAUGAAUGGAAAGAAGUAUUUUGUUACCUUCA